AUGAUAAACCUGGUGUUGGAGUGUAUCGAUCGUCUCCACGUGUACAGCAGCGCGGCUCAUUUUGCUGAGGUGGCGGGGAGGGAGGCCGGGGAGGCCUGGAGAUCUACGCUGAACUCGUUAUAUGAGCUCCUGGCUGCCUUGAUAAGGGGCAACAGGAAGAAUUGUGCCCAGUUCUCCGGCUCGUUGGAUUGGUUGAUCAGCCGGUUGGAGAGACUGGAGGCCUCGUCUGGUAUCUUGGAGGUCCUUCACUGUGUCCUGGUGGAGAGUCCUGAAGCUCUGAACAUCAUCAAGGAGGGACACAUCAAGUCAAUCAUCUCUCUGCUAGACAAACAUGGACGCAACCACAAGGUUCUGGACGUGCUCUGUUCUCUGUGUGUCUGUCAUGGCGUGGCGGUGCGGUCCAACCAACACCUGAUCUGUGACAACCUGCUACCUGGCAGAGACCUGCUUCUACAGACACGACUUGUCAACCAUGUCAGCAGCAUGAGGCCUAACAUCUUCCUGGGUGUGAGUGAAGGCUCCGCCCAGUACAGGAAGUGGUAUUAUGAGCUGAUGGUGGACCAGGUGUUACCCUUCGUUACGGCCGAAGCCACACAUCUCAGAGUGGGCUGGGCCACCACGGACUAUACCAACCCUACCCCUGGGAGGAGAGGGCUGGGGGAAAUGGUACUCCUACGUCAG